ACUUUACAAGGGGACCUUUUGACCACAAAGGAUUUGAUAUGCAAAGUCUAACCACAUCAACGACGACGCCCAUGAACUUGUAACCUUGAAUGGCUGUGUCGACGACGUGUACACUAACAAGAACAUGUUGUCACGCUGAAACUAAAUCCAGAAGGGAAGAGAACAUGGAAACGAAAUCACUGCCGAGUCUGUUCAACAAUCAGGACCACUAUGAUAAGGCUUUCAAAGUCUUCUGCGCUCGGUCUGCCAAAUUCAAGACGUACUGUGACUGGGUGGACGGUGUGUUUAGCGAGGCGGUGGUUGGUAGGCUCCAGGUCACACUGGACGGAGAAGAAGAGCUACGGGUCAUGGGAGUAGGCAGUGGGUCAGGUGAGAUGGAUUGUUUGAUGUUGGAGCAGCUCAAAAAGCGUUUCCCGCUCAUCAAUAAUCGUGUAGUUGACCCUUCUCAGAAGUUGCUGGUCCAAUACAAGGCAUUUGCUCAAACGAAGGCUCACCAGCUACACGGUGUUAAGUUUGACUUUCGGCAGCAGACUAUUGAGCAAUACCAAGAGGCGGGAUAUGUGACCAAGUUCCAUUUCAUCAGCGCAGUUCACUCCAUGUACUACGUGGACAACUUUGAUAGCUCCGUGAUGUAUCUGUACGACUUACUGAUCCCAGGAGGAGCAUUACUUGUGAUCCUAAGGCAAGAAAACACCGGAUGGCAGCGAUUUCUGGACCGCUUUCCUCAACUUUAUGGUCGGGCCGGUUGUGACCUACAAGUAACUUCGAGGGAUUUACUCAAUUUAUUGGACCGCCGUGGCAUCCCGUACACGCAGUACCACCAACCCACGAGCUGCGACAUCACCAAGUGCUUCGACGAAGCUUCUGAGGAAGGCAGCCUGCUGGUGGAUUUCCUGACCCAAACCGUUCACUUCAAGGAGGCGGCGGCCGAAGACGAACAGAGAUCCAUGAUGGAGUAUCUUGCAAGCAGCGACUGCUCCGAGAGGAAAAAUGAGGCCAUACUGCUGAACAUUCCCCUGGAUGCAGUAGUAAUAAUUAAGCAACAAGAAUUCAAUUAAUUUUAUCAAAAAUAAUCAAGCCACUAUACAAAUACAAAAUUUCCGAAAAGUUGUUUGUUUACACUGGGCCGGAAAAGUUACCUAAAACCUGUGGAAAGUUACUUCAAAGUGAACUCAUUGCGUCCAAGCUUGUGCAGAUCACACUUACCGCCGAAAGCCACGUGCUGAGCAAAAAGUCAGUCGAGGCCGUUUGCUCACAAAAUGUUCCCUUUUGUGCGGUACAUUUUUUGGCUGAGUUUUCUGCCCCGCGAGGUCGUGAAGCAGAUGUUUAUCCUGCUUGAUUUUUUUGUUCGCCUCGCGAUCCAAAAAAACUCACCGUCUACGGAUGUCACUCGUCUCCGUAGUUUGAUUUAACUAAUCCUGAUGUAACAAAAAAAUGUGAACUUGAAGUUGUUUUAGUUGAGUGAGCCUAGUCGGAGCAAUUAUUGGCAAAAUAUCAUGUGGCAAUUAAUUAUAUUAAUUAAUUAUACAUCAAUUAGAAACUUGUACAAAUAUUUAAACACACCUCAACACGAUUGUUCUUGAUUGAUUAUUUGUUUGGACAAAGUGUUUCCGAUCAAAAUUGUGAUACCCGGGUGAGAUUUCUUUGGUAAUUCAGUGUGCUUAUGACAUUGAUAAUCAAGAUAGUUUAUCUAAUUUCAUAUCCUCCUUUGAUGUGUAUUUAAAGGAUGCACCUUAAGGUUAGCUAUUCUUUGUGUUUAUAGCAUUGCAGCGAACCGCUACUAUAUAUACGUACGCUAACCACUACCGUGCUAAACGCUAGUACAACGCCACAAAGCUACGAAUAUGCUAUGCUGUGCUAUGCUAUAAUUGUUUAAAUGCAGUUCAUAAAAAUACACCUUUCUGUCCUAUUUAACCUUAUUGUCAAUUUUUGUUUUGCCAUUUUCAGCGUAUUUUGGUGCCUUUUUUU